AUGAUGGCAUCAAGACGAAGCCUUCAAGUUCAACCUGAUUAUGGAUAUGGGCGCCCGGUUCCCAUCCAACCCAUCGGUACGAUGAGCGCCUCCAGAAGCAAUGCCUACCAAGAAGUCGUACAAACUGGAUACGAGAACUCCUUCUAUCCGGCAAGCAGCGCCACAUACACUCCAUCAACUUCCAGUUACAGUCCCCCUGGCCCAAUCGCAACGGUACCUGCAGGGGCCAGCCUAAUUCGACCUGACUACACUUCCAAAGGAUACAACAUGGGAGCAUCCUCAGCUCUGUACGGCUCUGCCGGCCCCGGGUACAAUUCGUACUCAAGUCCAAACUCAAGUUGGGAACCUCAAGGCAGGAUUUCACCCGAGACAUAUGAGGACUAUGUGGCAUCCCCAAGCCCAAGUGAUUAUGUGCUUGACCCUUCAAGCAAAUCAGUAAGCAAGUCCAAGAACGAAGGGAAAGCCCAUUCCCAGCAAAGGCGUCCUUCCAAUAGGGACGAAUUCGACGGACCACAUCAGUUUCUCCAACGCCCACCACCGGACUAUAUUGCCCAGCAGGAAAGAGAUUUGCCACAUCUACCCACAAAUCUUGUCGUUCACGAGCAGGAUAGUAUCCUUACGCAAGUCAAUGAUCGGCUGUCUCAGUGUGCAUUUGAUUUCGUUGCAAAGUAUCAAUUUCCAAUUCCACUAGCCAACGGGGAGAUGAGACCAGUGGAGAGACCUCAAGACCGGGAAUGGACGGAGUGGGUAUAUCUCUUGAAGCGUUUGGCUACAAAGCGACGGAUACCAGCCAGGGUUCUGUACAAUGGCCAGAUAAAACAAUUUAUCACCAUCUUGGAGAAUUCUUUGGAGAUGCGCCACGCCGCGAAACACCAAUCUCGUCCUCUCAAGGACGACAGGAACAUACUCCAGUUGAUUUCCGCUGGAAUCCAGGUCGCAAAGAUACUGAAAGAUUCCGCAGCAAUGAGUGCCCUUGAUAAUUUAUACGUUGCAACUGAGCAGCAGAUUCAGGAACGGGCUCAUAGCCACCGCUAUAGAGCAUAA